ACCUUAGGUAUGUAGGCUCCCCGCACGCAGUGUAGUGUAGUGCAGUGAAGUCCUCAGGGAAUCCCGGUGAGGCUCUGACGUCCGACACCCCCCCUCCCCUUUGCCUACGUCCCCUAAGGGAAAAAAAAACGUGACAUCAAAUGACGACCGUUUUGCUUGCCCCAGAUGGCGCGACUAUUCGUUUGCCCUUACUCUUCCCCAAGUAUUGCCAUUCAUAACCUGUAGUUAACUUCGAACUCGGCAUCAUCUCCGAUAAGAGAAAAGUAGACUUAUUAUUAUCACAAAUAUGACGAAGCAAUGGGAUAUGUACGAGGCCACCAUAAAAGAACUCUACGCUGAGAACACGCUCGCUGUGGUGCGCCAGAUUAUGAUUGAACAAUAUGGGUUCAAAGCCUCCGUUAGAGCGUAUAGAGGUCGCUUGAUCCGCUGGGGCAUCCGCAAAUACAACUGUCGAAAACGUGCCUCGUCGAGCUCCAGUGCCAGUGUCCACGAUGGCAGUUUCUCGAGCGGCUCAGCUUCCACGUCUCCGUCUAUGAUGGCCAAUAACAUGGCGACGACGUAUCCUCACAACACCGGCGGCCAUCUGGCCAUGCCGCUCCAGAUAAACCAACCGCACAUUUACAACCCUAUUGAUAGCCACCAAGCACAGAUGUACAACGCGCAAAAAUCCUACGACAACAAACCCAAGCCCAUUCUCUCGCCACCCCAAGCCCAUCUCAGCGCCAACACCAGCAACAGCGGCAACAUAAACUACCCCUGGGAACCCCCACAACCACCUCUCCCACGGCCAGAACGACACAGUGACUCAUCCACCCCCCCAACAGCCACAGACUUCCCCACCUUCACACCCCCUAACCCCUCCCACAACCACCUGCACGCGCGCACCCACCACACCAGCAGUGCCGAGAUCAUGGCUCAGCCGACGUACUUCGGGUUCGGGACGGCGAUGGGGCAUCAUGCUAACCCCAACACCAACGACCCUAACCAUAACCAUAACCAUAGCCAUAGCCAUAGCCAUAUGAAUCAGCAGCAUCUCAGCCAUAUGAACCACGACAGCCACAACCUUGGUAACGGGAACGGAAACGGAAACGGAAAUGGGAAUGGGAAUGGUGGGAACCAUAACCCGUACGCAACGAUGCCGAACGCGGACUAUCUCCGAAACCGGGACAGCGGGAGUAGUCUCGGCAGCUACUACGAGGGCCCGGCGCAUCGCGACGCGGCGGUUGGACAGGUGCCGGGGGUGCCGCGGGGGGUUGGGGAGAGGGUUUGGACGUGAUGGAUGCGUAUGGACGAAUCUAUCUAGGUAUCUAUCUAGCUACAAACCUGCUUGGAUAUUGUCUAGGUGUGUUGGUGGGUGGGUUGAGAGGUGAGGCGCAAGCUGUGGGAUAAUGUUAUGCUCAGCGAAUGGGACGGGAUGGGAUUUGUUUAGGGGGCUUAGGAAAUUGGGAAAUCUACACAAACGAGGAAUAAAAAAUAGGGGUUUGGUUCGGACGGUAUAACUUGGGACUGGGUAUUAGGGGCGGUAUAUUACUUCGUAUAAAAGGGGGGCUGCCGUCGUUUCACUGCGAGUUUUUUUUCUUCUUUUUCUAUUUCUUUGUCACGAGGCUUGGGCUUGGGUGGUAUAUGGCUUAUCUACACGAUGACGACGGGAGAACAGUACCGGGUAUCUCGAGAGAUAACAAGCGUGGGUCUGGGACCUUGAUGAAUCCAUCACGAAUCUAUUAACGGCGGUUUCCUGAUUUCUUUGUUUCUGUUUGUCAACCUGCUUACUUGUAUGAAUAGGGGUUUGGAAAGGGAUCAAGAGCGUCUAGAGAUAUCUUGGGCGGGAAAAGUCGAAUAAACUUGGAAAAAAAGAAGGGGUGAUAGGUAGGUAUGGGUAGGUCCGUGAAUGGGUUAUACGACUAGUUAGACGGCAAAGAUAAUAAAGGGCUACCACUUUCUUUUCUUCAA